GAGUUCCUGGGGGAGGAGGCUUUCCGCAACUACUGCUGCUACUUGGGAGGCACGAGAUUUCAGUUGUUUGACCGAACUGGUUGUGGGCCGAGCACACGCUGCUCCGAGGGCGUUCGCUGCUGCUGAGAUCCUGCUCUCUGAUCCUAGCAAUGCAGCAAGUCCUGGAAAACCUUACAGAGCUGCCCUCAUCUACAGGAGCAGAAGAAAUAGACCUAAUUUUUCUCAAGGGGAUUAUGGAAAAUCCUAUUGUGAAAUCACUUGCUAAGGCUCAUGAGAGGCUUGAAGAUUCAAAAUUAGAAGCUGUCAGUGACAACAACUUGGAAUUAGUCAAUGAAAUUCUUGAAGAUAUCACACCUCUAAUAAAUGUGGAUGAAAAUGUGGCAGAACUGGUUGGUAUACUCAAAGAACCUCACUUCCAGUCUCUCUUGGAAGCUCAUGAUAUUGUGGCAUCAAAGUGUUAUGAUUCACCUCCAUCAAGCCCAGAAUUGAAUAAUUCUUCUAUCAAUAAUCAGUUAUUACCAGUGGAUGCCAUUCGUAUUCUUGGUAUUCACAAAAGAGCUGGGGAGCCAUUGGGUGUGACAUUUAGGGUUGAAAAUAAUGAUCUGGUAAUUGCCCGAAUCCUUCAUGGAGGAAUGAUAGAUCGACAAGGUCUACUUCAUGUUGGUGAUAUCAUUAAAGAAGUCAAUGGCCAUGAGGUUGGAAACAAUCCGAAGGAAUUACAAGAAUUGCUGAAAAAUAUUAGUGGAAGUGUCACUCUAAAAAUCUUACCAAGUUAUAGAGAUACCAUUACUCCUCAACAGGUAUUCGUGAAGUGUCAUUUUGAUUAUAAUCCAUACAAUGAUAACCUGAUUCCGUGCAAAGAAGCAGGACUGAAGUUUUCCAAAGGAGAAAUUCUUCAGAUUGUAAACAGAGAAGACCCAAAUUGGUGGCAGGCUAGCCAUGUGAAAGAGGGAGGAAGUGCUGGUCUCAUUCCAAGCCAGUUCCUGGAAGAGAAGAGAAAAGCAUUUGUUAGAAGAGACUGGGACAAUUCAGGUCCUUUCUGUGGAACUAUAAGUAGCAAAAAAAAGAAAAAGAUGAUGUAUCUCACAACCAGAAAUGCAGAAUUUGAUCGUCAUGAAAUCCAGAUAUAUGAGGAGGUAGCCAAAAUGCCCCCCUUUCAGAGAAAAACAUUAGUAUUGAUAGGAGCACAAGGAGUAGGCCGAAGAAGUUUGAAAAACAGAUUCAUAGUACUGAAUCCCACUAGAUUUGGAACUACCGUGCCAUUUACUUCACGGAAACCAAGGGAAGAUGAAAAAGAUGGCCAGGCAUAUAAAUUUGUGUCACGAUCAGAGAUGGAAGGAGACAUUAAAGCUGGAAAGUAUUUGGAGCAUGGGGAGUAUGAAGGAAAUCUCUAUGGAACUAAGAUUGACUCCAUCCUGGAAGUUGUCCAAACUGGACGAACUUGUAUUUUAGACGUCAACCCACAAGCACUGAAGGUAUUGAGGACAUCUGAAUUCAUGCCGUAUGUGGUGUUUAUUGCUGCUCCAGAGCUAGAGACAUUACGUGCCAUGCACAAGGCUGUGGUGGAUGCAGGAAUCACUACCAAGCUUUUGACGGACUCUGACUUGAAGAAAACAGUGGAUGAAAGUGCCCGGAUUCAGAGAGCGUACAACCACUAUUUUGAUUUGAUCAUCAUAAACGACAAUCUAGACAAAGCCUUUGAGAAACUACAAACUGCCAUAGAGAAACUGAGGAUGGAACCACAAUGGGUCCCCAUCAGCUGGGUUUACUGAUGAUUCAGUAAGGUUAACAAUUAAAACUUUUCAAAAGCAACUCAAUGAAUAAACCUUCUACUGAGAAAAUACAUGCACAGAUAGAAGCUAUCUGCCAAGUCCAGGCAUUUUUAUUGUGUGGAUUGAAAUAACAGUAGACUAUUCUGAAUUUUUAUAUAUAAUAUGGUUGGGAAGGUAUAUAUAAUUUAUCUUAAUUUUUCUAACUUUUUAUGGAUAAUCUUUCUAUUCAUAUCACAUAAAGAAAUGCGUUGAAGCAUUUUGUAUAUGUUUUGAUUUGGUACCCUUGCCUUUUUCAUCAAAAGAAUUUUCAAAUCAUUCACUUUAACAUGGUCUCACAUUUUCACUGUGAUAAUGAAUACUUGAAAUAGUUUUAUAAAGCUGUCAUUUAGUUCAGUAUUUAUCUAGUGAAGGGUCAGUUCCUCUUAUGAGGAGAAAACAGUAGUAUUGGCCUUCCUUCUUAAUCAAAUUUCUUACAGAAGCAGAAUUUUAAUGUCAGUGCUACAAGUGUACUACCAUCUAAACCUGACAUCAAAAAUCUGUUCAGUGCCACAUUUUUCAUCAUUUCAGAGAUGUAUGGCUAUCCAUUCUAAUUUAUACAGUUAAUUCAGUUUUUUUUUUUUUCUCUUUGUUUCUAUCGUUAGUGGAAAAAAACAAAGAGCAAUACCUCGCACUCUCUUUUGAGGUUAUUCCUUUUGUUUGGUGAAGUGACAUGUAGAUGUUAAUUGGACAUGUAUACAUUAAGGUCAGGCUGGAAGCAAGGUCAUGCAGACUGAGAGAGUGCCUUAUUCUGACACAAAGUGACAUUUGAAAAAAGUUUUAUUUUCACAUGUAAAAAGUUGACCCUAAUAAUUUAGAGAUUUUUUUUAAGGAUAUGGUCAGCAAAAGUAUCAUGCCUCUGCAGAUUUCUGUGUUGUUUAAAGAUGCCUUUAAGUUUAUAGUUGGAAGUUUUUGUGAAAGAUCAGUGUGCUUUUUGAGCAGUGAUGUAAUUGGUAGGGUAUGUGUUUUAUUUGUUGUGAUGAAAAUCAAAUCAUUUGAACAAAAUUUGGAAAUGAUGUCACCUGUUUUAUAUACACGUGUACAUUAUAUAAUAUGUAUAUCAUCUAUAUACAAUAAUGUUUUGUAUAUUUUACAUUUCUGUAAGUGCAUUUUCUGUUUAAUAAUGGGGAGUCUUCCAUUAGAUGCAUUGAUGUAAUGUAUAAUUUCCAUAUUUAUCUUAGUAUCUUCUUUUAGGAUUUUUGGAUGAUGAGUAAAGUCUUCCUAAAACACAUUCAGAAGCACAGCUCAUCACUAAACUGAGUUGAUCAUACUGUAUAUUGCUGCUAGCUUUUCAUAUACAGAGUAUUCACAUUUAAAGGGUUAAGUGCUUAAAUAUUAAUGGUAAUUUUUGUCUGGUGCAAGCAUCAGAGACUUGGCUGCUGAAUUUGUUUUUCCCCUCAUCAGAGGUAUCACGUAGAAUGCCAGCUUGAAAGUCUCUCAGAAAAGAAAAAAAUGCAUGACAGUAAGCAGUAUUUACACAUUUUUUUGAAUCAUUUCUACAAUGAGAGAAAAAUGUUAGAUUUUAACAAUCUAGUUAAAAUUUUGAAGUCUGUAGGUCUUUAAAUUUUUUAGUUCUAGAAUUUCAAAAAUUUUUGUCUUUGUCAUGCAACAGGAAAUUGUUGGCAAAUAGAUACUUUUAAUAACUUUGGAAAAUUUCAGGUCAUAUAUAUAUUUACUCAGAAUUCUUGGCUUCUAGAGCAACAUAAAUCGAAGCACAGCUUCAAUGUGAUCUCAUGAUUUAAUGUUUCAACACCAAGUUUUUUUAAGAAGCUUCAAGAUAAUUGUAGCAGCGGUUUAUCUACAGACUAUUUCUACCAUCAUGGUACAAUAGAGGUGACUUUCACCUGUUUUAAUCUUACCAUGUAAUAUAAAAAUGCAUAUUAUCUGGAAUAGUCUAUACUUAAUAUUCAUGUUUGACUAGUUAAUGCAGAUUAGAAUUCUCAUAAGAUGAAACGAUGCCGUUCAGUUCAAUGUAAAUGCUGAAGAAAAUAAAUUUUAAAAAGUCCACCGUACAUCAAUGAAGAAUCACUGAACUUGAAAUCCAAGUUCCCUCUGAGUCUGCAGGAACCAGCAGGGCCCUACUGAGGCAAGAAGGCCCAGAGGCCCCACUCAGGAUUCUUAGGUAAUGUGACAAGAAUGUGUGUACUUCUCUCGUGGAAAAAGCCUCCAAUAAUAAACCUAUUAUCUAUAGUAGCUUUACUGAAAAGAAAAUGGUUUACAGUUGAUGGUGAACAAUUGGGAAUAAGUAAAAUAUAUGCACACAUGUUUAUAUUUUUGUGGAUUAUGAUGUGCUAACACAUAAAUACAAGGGUUCCUUGUGGACAGAUGAGUGUUCACAUCCAGCAUGGCUAUACAACUAAAGAUUAUAUUGUUCAUAUUCAGUGUGCAAAUACCAGUAGAAGCAACGGCCUUAUCUGUAACUAGUAGAAUAUACUUGAUGCCCUACAAAUAGAAUGCUCAUCUUCAUUACAACUAUGCUUUUAUUGUGCAAUCUCCAUUUCUGUUUGAUAUUUAGAUAAUACCAAAUGUCAAAUAUCAGGAUUAUUUUGACCAACUUUAUACAAUUGCUGACCAUAGCUUUCUAAAAUGUAGGUCAUGUCAGAAACCCAGUAUGAUUACAAUAGCCUAAACCAUAGAUUCUAGAGUUCAUUCUAGUAAAUUCAUUCAUAAAAACCUUUACGUUUCUUUAAAAUGGCAAGUUAUUAAAAUAAAUAUAAUAACAAAUUAACAAAAUUCAGUAGUGUGACAGAUGAUGACCAAAUACUGCUUUGACUGCGAUAUCUCAGUGAUAAUAAAAGAUCCUUACUUUUAAAAUUCAUUAAGAUGAUACCUAUGUAUAACAGAAGUGUUAAGAUCUAAGGUUGGAAAAUAAUUUCAAGAUGGAUAGCCAUAGAGUUAGAUACAGUUAUUUUGAAUUAUCAUACUCAAAAGAAGUUUUGGAAAUUGUUUAAUAAUUUCCUUACAUUUUACUUCUAUAACUUCUGAAAUAAUACUCCAUGAAAUCACAGACUAGAGAGCCAAUAAUUUUGUAGUAAUGAAUCUUUAUACUAAAUGUGGAAAAGGCAAUCCUAAAGUUUAAUGUACAUAACUAGUUCCUUUUUUAAAUGUUUGAGUUCCUAUAUGUGUGUGUAUGUAAAUAUAUAUACAGCUAUACGUAUAAUCUGUAACAUGCUCCCAAAUUACAUGAAUAAAAUAAUUCAUGCAUUCAUUGUAGCUACUGUUCUGAAAUUUUUAAUUACUUCCAAGUUUCUAGAUGUUUUGAAACAUCAUUUUAAAAGGCCUUAUUUCCACCUUGAAGCUGCUACUGCCUAUGUAAAAGUUAUGAGAAAUUAAACUCAAAAUUAUGAUUCAUUAUUAUGACUUAAUUUCCUUAAGAAAAAAAAGUAGCCAUAGAUGACUUUUGGGAAAUAUUCAGAUCACUAGAUUAAUUUGUAAUACAGUUCAGGAGACUUAGGGAUUAUUGCAGAUACCUACCCUCCUAUUUCAAGGGAUUUGCAAUGAAGAUUCAUGUAAUAAUUGUGUGUUAUAUUUUGGGUUCUUGGGAUAAACUGGGUAUUUUAAAUUGGAUCAUUGUAUAUCAUAUAAGCAACUGUGACAAACUUUUAAGACAUUUGACUAACAUAUCAGUUUUACAUAAGUAUAUGUGCUAUAGUUGAAGAAGAUGAGAAAUUUGUUUUAAGGCACUUUUUAAAUUGCAUUUGUGUUCUAGGUUUUCAAGUUACAUUAGUUUUCAAAAAGCAUUUCUUUGUUACUGUCUGUGUACCUGGAAUGAUUUUUUAAAAAAUGCACAGAAUCAGAAAUGAAUCCUUAAAAAAGGGAGAAAAUGAGCAUAUUUCAUUUCCAAGGGAGAGAAUGAUCAUAUUUCAUUUUUAAGGUAAGAAGCAUGAUUUGCAGAACGUUAGCAAAACACUCCAAUACUGUUGUAAAAAUAUUCUCAUGAUAAACUUAAAAAUAGUGUACUGUUCCUAAAACCCUAAUUUGGACUUCUGAUCAUGUGAUUUUUUAUAAAAUUCUAUUUCCCUUUACUAUUCCACUUGUUAAAUACAACUAAGUAUUUGUCUUCACCUUAAAUUCUAAGGAAUAAUUUGUAACUGUGAUGUGAUAAAUAUCUACUAGCCUACUUUAUCAAUUAAAUGUUUCCUUACAUUGGAAUUAAUUAUCUUUUAGUUCCUUUAAAGCGUACCAAAUUUGGAGAUGCAGUAGAUGGCAAAUGCUGCCAGGAAUCCUACCUCCAGUUUAGAACAGCCCCAAAGGUAUAGUUCUGUUCUGCUGUCUCAGUAGUCCAACACAGCAGGUUCCUUGUAGUUUUUAGAUCAUCUUCCAGAUCCAAACUUAUAAUAGCAGAUCCUUGGUGGCAACCAAUUCAUGGACAAAUCAAUCAAAAUAUAAGCAAUCCUCAUUGUACAUUAGAACAGACUCUGAUCUUUGCUCCUAAAGCUACUCCAUUUUAUUCUAAUACCUAAAAUCUAUCACUGCAACACUAUAGUUGAACACAUAGUGUUAAAAGACAUCUAUUUCUUUAUACGAGGAAACAUUCACAUUUAGAUCUAGUUGUAACCUCAAAUUCAAGUAAUUGUUACUGCUGUCUUUCUGUUUGCUUCUUGGCCAUUGGCUGUUAAUGAAGUGGUAUUGUAAAUUAGACUUAACCUCCACAGAAAUGACAAUUCUUCCUUAUUUUUCUUCUCAUAUCACCCUUUAUUUUCCAGCAUGAACUGAAUGAAUUAGAGUAAUUGCUGCUCAGAACUUAAAAGUUAACCUAUUUGCUGUUUAAAGAACAGCCGUCUUUGAGUCCCAUAAAAUAGGUAUUGUUGUUACCCCAGAUGCCACAAGGUCUUAUUGGUUGAUGAUGGGGAUAGAGCCUUGGGCAUUUACAUUGCACUCUCUGCCCAGCUUUUGAUUUUAAAAGUUGGAAAUUUUAAUCUGUAAUGUACUUCAGCCAACAGUAAGCCAAGGUAGCAAUAUAUAUAUUGGAAGCCAUACCUAAAAUUUGCCUUUCCUCACAUCAAGGUGGUGUGAGAACUUGGCCAAAGCCUAAUGUACUAACUUGAAAAGGAAAAAAACGCAAACAUUAAAAACUCAACCUGCUAUGACAGGAUACUCUCAUUGGAGGCCGCAAAAACUACUAAAAAUACUGGUAGAUUUAAUAAAUUGUGUAGGAUAACUGGAUACAAAGUCAACACUCAAAAAUCAAUAGCCUUGUACAUGAAUAACUCAGAAACCAGGGAAACCUUUCAUAAUAGCAUCCAAAAAAAUGAAAUACCUAUAAAUCAAUCUGCUGAAGGAUAAAAGAUCUCUGCAUUGAAAAUUACAUUACUUGAUAAAGGAGACUGAUGAGGAUAAUAGAAAAUAUCCCAUGCUUUUGGGUAGGAAGAACCAAUAUAGUGAAAAUGGCCAUACUUCCAAAAGCGUUACACAGAUUCAAUGCAAUCUGAAUCAAAAUUCUAAUAAUAUACCUCACAGAAUUAGAGAAAAUAACCCUGUAAUACAUCUGAAACUAGAAGAGACCUAGGAUAGCAAAGGCAAUCCUGGGCAACAAAAGCAAGAGCAUCACAAUCCCUAACUUGAAAUUAUACUAUAAAGCUACUGUGAUUUAAAAAAAAAAAAAACAGUGUGGUACUAGCCAAAAACAAACCAAAAGACCACUGGCUCAGAUUAAAAGGUGCAGAAACAACUACAGACACACAAAGCCACCUUAUCUUUGAUAAAGGUGCCAAACAUUCACUGGAAGAAGGACAGCCUCUUUAAAAAACGGUGCUGGAAAAACUGGCUCUGCACAUGGAGAUUAAAGUUGGACCCACAUCUUUCACCUUGCACUAAACUAAAUUUGGAAUGAAUCAAAGAUAUAAAUAUUAUACCAAAAAUAUGAAAUCUGCUGGAAGAUAGAAUAGGUAAAACUCUUGUAGACAUUGGUAUAGGCAGAGUUUUAUGAACAAAAUCCCAGUUGCACAGGAACUAUCACAAAGAAUCAACAACUGGGAUCUCAUCCUAUUGAAAAGCUUUUGCACAGCGAGAGAAACCACCAACAGAAUUAAAAACCUACAAUGUGAGAGAAAAUGUUUGCUAGCUAUUCCUCAAACAAAGGAUUACUGUCAAGAACAUACAAAGAACUAAAAGUCCUCCCAAUUUAAAGACCCAAUCCAAAAAUCAGUAUCUGAGAUGAAUACACACUUCUCAGAAAAAUAUAAACAGCAAAUAUAUGAAAAAAUGUUCAGCAUCACUGGUCAAUUAAAAAGAGACAAAACAACACUGAGAUUCCACCUCAGCAUGGAAAAAAUGGCUAUUAAGAAAUAACAAAUGCUGGAUGGGCUGUAGGGGAAAAGGAACCUUUUCCAUUGUUGGUAGGAGUGUAGACUGGUGCAACCACUGUGAAAAAAUUAGUGUGGUGAUUCCUCAAAAACUAGGAUUGACGAUCCCAUUUGACCCAGCUGUUCACUUUGUGGGUAUCUUCUCAGUAAAAUUAAAAACUUCUUACCACAGCAAUAUAUGUGUACCCAUGUUUAUAACAGCACAAUUUGUAUUACCUCAAUCUUGGAAACAACCGAAAUGUCCAUUGACUGAAGGAUGGAUAAAAAAGAUGUGAUACUUUGCUACAAUGAGUACUACUCAGCCAUAAAGAAGAAUAGACUGGAGACUUUUAUAGGAAAA